AUGCUUCGUUUGAGGCGCAUAUGUUUUCUCUCUAUGAGAUUCUUUCACUCACGGGUUAUGGGGAGUGAUCCCCUGCUGGACCAUUUAGACAACUGUACAAAUGAGGACCAAGUGUUUGAUACCAUUGGAAAGAACAAAGCCAAACUUUCUGUGAAGCAUGUGGGAUGUGCAGUACGUCUACUUUGGCAAUUUCAAAAGGAGAGACCACAAGUGCUGAGGACUAUAGAUUUCAUUAAAGGCCAUUCACAGUUUAUGGUUCUACGCGUAUUAGCUGAAAACAAGAUUGACUCGAUGGAUGACGAAACAUUGGUGGAUCUGUUGUAUAAUGUGCUGAGGCUGAAUGUUGAACCCCAUGAUUCCCUGGUGCAAGAGCUUCUGGUUGAGGCAUGGUGGAGAAUUGAAAGAUUUAGUAUGGCUACCUUGUCGAAGUUCGCUGUGUGUCUGACUGAGCAACACAUGUACUUCAGUCCUCUAAUGGGAAGAAUUGCUGAUAUUGUCAGUAGAAAACUGGAUUCUAUACAGGAUCCAAGGAUACUUUCAUCAUUAAUGGUGAGUGUUACCAGUGUCAUCUCCACGUGCCUUCGAGAUCGUCUGAUAGAAAAGGCAACAUCGCUAAUGGACACCACAGAUCCAGCACAAUUUAACCAUUCACGCAGAAUGAUACAAUUUCUGCGCAACAUCAAGUUUGGUUAUCGCAUUUUGCUAGAAAAGUGCAACAAGGUUUUUCUACAGAACAUGCAUCAGAUGGAUGUGGACAAUAUAAGCAUAAUCCUCGGAGUGUACCAAUCGUUGCAUUUUAACAAUUGUGAUUUCCGGUUAGCUGCUAAACAGAGACUCACUGAACUGUUGGACUUGUGUCCUGAUCCUGUCAGCUUUACCAGGCUGUUUGCAGCACUCGGUCCUUUGGCAGGGCCAGAGGUGAGAGAAAGACUAGAAGCUGAUGCCUUGCUGAUGGCUAAAGAAUUUAGCCCUACACAGGCACUUGCAGUGGUGGAGACAAUGGAAGAGAUGGAAUGCAGGAAUCCACAAUUAAUUCAAAAAGUUGCAUCAAAUUUAAUUGAACAUUUGCAUCUAUACAAACCAGUGGAUAUUUCAAGAAUUGCGCAAGCAUUGGUUUUUCUUCAUUGUCAGAAUCCAGAGCUGUACUUCAAACUAAGACGUAUAUUAGUCAGUUACCUUCAGAUCAGUGUCAUCCCAUAUGAAGUAUCCAUGUUAACUCGUGUUCUCUCCCUGCUGCCCUCCCCACGAAUGGAUAACUUAAUUCCUGCACGUAUUGAUGCAGUCUUGCCCCAGUGUAACUUAAGUGAUUUGAACUCAUUUGCCAUUGCCAUCACUAAAUGGAUGCGAAAUGAUUCUUCAUCCCGUCAAGAUAUGGCAGAAGGGUAUGUGAAGUUACUACAAAAGCUAAAUGAGUGUGGUUUGGAGAGACUGCAAAAGGCAGACAGUGUGAAUCUUCUGCUGGAGGAGCUAAAAUACAUCUCUGGAGAAUGGUUUGAAGAAGUACUUGCGGCUAAGACGAUGGCUACAUUUGAACGAUUGAUUGAUCAGUUGACUUGGUCUAACGUGCCUGAAUUUGCCUUAUUUCUAACCAAAACAAACUGCCUGCACACAACUCUGCUUGAUCGAAUAGCAUCUGUCACACUUGAACAUAUAAAUAAGAUCCAUUAUUCAGCUACAUAUGCCAUCCUGCUCCCUUUUACAAUUCUGAAUCAUGAUCCUCCGAAAAGUGAAGAUUUCUUUGAAUGCUGUAUAGAGCAUUUCAAGCCUCAUUUAAGUUCAUUCAACCCACAUCUUUUGGUGCUACUUGGCUACGCGUUGGCUCUUGCAGAUUACUUUCCAGACGAUCUAAUUCAGACCAUUUUCAGUGUGGAUUUCCUCAUUAAACUGGACGCACAGCUUGAGACACUGUCUGAUGCUCUGAACAUGCGAAUCCGGUUACGCCUAAUGGAGCUGAACAGAGCUGUAUGUUUGGAAUGUCCUGAAUUCCAGACCCCUUGGUUCCAUGGCCGUUAUUGCCAACAGUUUCUAAGUAAAGGAAACAGCUAUGCCAGUCCAAUUCAACAGCAGAUCCACAAGAUAUUAGGGGAUAUACUCGGAGGAAUUAACUACGCCAGGAGCUCUGUGAUCACCCCCUAUUACUAUUCCAUAGGUUGGGAAUGCGUCCUUGACAAACACAACAAGCCUCUUCCCUACGUGGAUCGGGACACUCUGCUCAUUCCUAAAGAUGGGAGAAUGCUUUGGGGAUCACACAACCAGUUGACUGGUGAAACUGAGUUACCACCAGGAGCACAGAGGGUUGCUAUAGAAUUUCUCGACUCCAAAGCUUUCUGCAAAAACUCUCAACACAUGAAGGGAAAAGAAGUGAUGAAAAAGCGGCAUUUGGAGAUUUUGGGGUAUCAUGUUGUGCAGAUUCCUCAUUUUGAAUGGAAUUCAAUGGAAUUGUCAACAAAAGAAGCCUGGAUGGAAUACCUCCGAAAGAAGAUAUUCGCAGAAGAAUCCUGAAAGUAUGAAUCAAAGUUUGACAGAUAACCAUAUGAUAAUGUGUAUAAUUAUUGCGGAAAAUAUUUUUGAUAAAGAGCAUUUAUAUUGGAACUGUAUCCAUCAUAUAUCUUUGCCAUUUUUAUUUUUUUAAGGUUAUUGCACCAAAAUGUUACCUUCUGAAUUAUCAGCAAGGUAGUGGAAAAUCUACAUGAAAUUUUCAUUUUGCACAUAUAGGGAAAAGUUGGGUUAUCAAUCAAUAUACAGUAUUUUGGAUUGAUUGAAAAUGUCUUUGAUCAAUUUUAAGAUCUAUAAACAGUACCUGAAACUGGAGAAUGGUGAGUGAAAUCCUAUUAUUCAAAAACUAGUGAGCGGAAUCAAGAAAAUGGUUAAUGGUUAUUCUAGUGGUGAACAAAUGCUCAUCUCAGGAAUAUGAGGCCACAAGAAGCAGUCAGAUUGGGUUUAGAAUGAGUAGAUGAUAUGCCUUUCAAAUCUACUGCAGCUUCUAAAUGUUUAGAGAAUUCCAAAUUAUUAGAUGUUCAGGUUGAAAAUGGGCUUGAUAAUAUGAAGUGAAAGGUAAUGAUAAAUGGAAGAGCUGAGCACAUACUAGUAAAAUUCUGCAGUCCAUGCAGAAUCUUCUACUGUUUAUUAAUUUGUGAAACGUGUGACGAGGUAAUAUUAUAAAUGGUGAUAAAUUAUAUCAUGUGCCAUGUGAAAGAUUUAUAUAAUUCAAAGAGAUAUGGACAAACCAAGCAGAUGAAAUUUAUUAUGGAUAAAUGUGAUGCACACAGUUGGCAGUAACACAUGAAAUGUUAGUUCACAAUGAAUAAGUUCUCAGUUAUCAAAGGUUGUAAAGGAAAUGCAUCUGACCAUUAAACUAAACCACCCUUGGGUUGUGUGUCGGAUUUAAAUCAAAGCUGAUUAUUUGAACCUCUCAAUGGUAAAACCACACUUGGAAUACUCUGCAAUGUUGGCACUCCACCUUCAAAAGAACAUUAAAACAAUGGAAUAAGGAUAGGACUUUAUAACGAUAACUGGUCCUGUCUU